GCCAUCAAGCCAUUUUUAACAUUCCACACUCCUUUUUUCCAUCUGGUCCAACCUGCUCCAACAUAAACACAAAAAGGGGUCUUUACAAAUAUACACCUCGUGUGUGGGAAGACCCACAAACCCCUAUCGUAACAGUAAAAUCUGUCCAACACAAGAAGAGGACUUUAGAUCUGAUUUGUUUGCUUAGCUGCAGGACAGGAGAAGUUAAACAAAAAAACUAUAACAAUGAAAAAAUACAUAAUGUUAAUAUUUCCCCAUCUAUGUUUAUGUUUUAUGCCGUACAAUGGGACAAAAUGUGUUUUAAAAAAGGGGAAAAAAGGAAAACUAUUUUGUAUUAAUGCAUUUGACAACCUAAUUUUCAAAAUAAAAGCUCCAAACUUCCUGUAAAUAUAUGUUUGUGCUUUCAGCUCAUUUCCCUCUAACCAUCGACAAUCCCUUGAUAACUGCCAGUUAAACUGGGACAAAAUUACACCCCUUAUUUAUAAGCUCUGAGAGUGUACCUUAUUUCAGUUAAACUGGAACAAUAAAGAAUAAAAUAAAACGAAAUAAAAAGAAUCAAACGACUUGGCUUAUGGAAUGGAUCUGAUCAUCAGAAAAGGUUAGAACACGAUUAAAACGUUGGCUGUGUUUUUGUGUUGUAUCUUUAAGAAGCGAGUUGUAAUUUGAGCCCGGGGAGAAGGAGUCACCUCACAAUUACGAACUAACCACUCUCCCUCUUCGUCACUCCGCCUCCUCUUCCUCAUCGUUUCUGUAAUCGAGCGCCGAGCAGCCCGAUCUGCGCCUCCGCCGCAGUGAUGCACGCUCCUGGUCGGUCAGGACUCCCGGUAAACGCAGAUCCGUCUGGUCCGAGCAGCGAGCCGCAGCCCCUUCAGCUGUUCAGGGGGGCCGUGUUGUUGUCAUUGUUGUUUACCAAAAAUGACGGGACAUGGCGGCGCGCCUGACUCAUCACGCACGGAGCGAGCCUGGACACCAUAAGCAGCCGUGAGAGAGCGAGACACAAAUCAUCUGAAUGAAAGUCAGAAGUUGGGUUGGAUGGCCAUGGACCCAUUCAGCCAGCUCAUCCUCACCAUCUCGGUGACCAGCUUCCUGACCUUCCAAUGGCUCUUCCACAGAGUCAGCCCCUGGAUAUCCAUACGCAUCAGCCCAGGCUUCCUUCAGCUCAGUGACAAGCAGAGGGUGGAGUGGAACUCAAGGACGGUGUCGACGUUCCACGCGCUUCUGGUGGGAUUGUUCUGUCUCCACAUCUUGGUCUUUGACGAUGCGGUCAAUGAAAACCCAGUCUGGGGAGAUCCUACACUGGUGAAGAUUAAUGUUGCAAUCACAACAGGCUACCUCAUAUCUGAUCUGCUGCUUAUAUUUUACUAUUGGAAGGCGAUAGGCGACAAGUUUUUUGUAGUUCAUCACCUGGCAGCAUUGUAUGCUUACUACUAUGUACUGGGCCAAGGAAUGUUGCCUUAUUUUGCUAACUUCCGCCUGCUUGCAGAGUUUUCUACACCAUGUGUGAACCAACGUUGGUUCUUUGAGGUACUGGGUUAUCCCAAGUCCUCCCGACCCAACAUGGUGAAUGGGGUCGCCAUGGCAAUGGUUUUUUUCAUGGUCCGUGUCGCGGUCAUGCCCGUCUACUAUGGUCGCAUGUACGCCGUCUACGGGACCGAGGCCUUCUACCUGGUACCCUGGGGAGGCCGUGUAGCCUGGAUCUGCUCCAGUAUCUGCUUGGACAUCAUGAACAUUAUGUGGAUGCAUAAAAUCGCGCGUGGCUGCUACAAGGUGUUGCGGGCAGCACAACGAAGCAAAUCUGGAGCACCUCAGGAGAACGGGAAGGCGGAUUAAGGGAACCAGGGUGUGUAAAAUGCCACAAAAUAGACAAAGUGAAAAUACUGUUCAGUGCAAUGUGAGUAGCAGUUUGGACUUCCUCAUUGUUUGGACUUAUGCUACAAUAGUAGCAAACCCAGGAUUGCAAGUCCGAAUGUAUCGAGGGAAACCCGUAUUUUUUUUGGUUUAUUUUUGGGGAAAAACAAAGACAGUUGAAAUGAACUGAUGGACCAGUCGAAGUGGUCCUCCCUAAGCCAUGAUUCGACCUCUAAGCAAUACUUUCUGUGCAUGGCCAAUUUAAGAUCUCUUACAUGGUUUGAAGAUACUAAAGAGGACAUUUGGGGACAAAUGGACUUAGUCCAACAACAAAAGUUUACUGACCUUUACAUACUUUUAUUUUGUAUUAAUACUGGUGACUAAAGGGUAAAGAUGGUAAAAAGUAACUUAAUGAAUUUAUUUAAAAAAGGUUUUGAGGGAACUCUGAAGCAUAGAGUGAUUUCACAACGAUGGUAAGUGCCAUUAAAUGUUUGUCCAAUGCUAAAGACUUAACAGAUAUAUAAAUACAUGACAAUAUUACCCUAUAUGGAGAAAGUCUGAAUUUUAUAGCUCAUCCUCGGUUCUUCAUUGUCUUUUAGCCAGUCAUUUUGUUUCCAAGUUGUGGUUGCCUUUUGCACGAUCGCUUUUAAAUUAAAGAUGUUUAACAGGCGUCUGUGUUUUGUAUGAAAUUAUUUUUUUUUUCUCUUGUACAAGUUGAGGUAUUUUUUGGUUUCAAACAAAUAAAUUGUUACCUGUUUUAAUUGAGACAUGGAUGUAUAAAGCCCCUUUUAAAAUCAUGAAAGGAAGUUUGAGGUUUUUGGUUGAGUUUGAACUCUGAUAACAAGACAUUCAAGAUAUAAGUUUUAAAUGAUAACGGAUUGAAGCUGCCGUAGGCUUAUUGAUCCUUCAAGUCGAGCUUAGAAAACAAUUCAUUUUACUUAUUUUUUCGAAUUUCAUUCACGCAUGCAGAUGGGUAAAAUGUCGAUUCUAGAAAACAAAACAAGAUUUGAAUCAGCUCCUUUGUCUUGUCUCAUUGAGACCUCAAAUUUACACAUGUAUUUAUGAUAGCUUUUAGAUAUGAUUUGAUGUGACGGGAAGGCUGUAUGAGUUCCAGAUCCCUUCUGAUUUAACCGUUUGAUUGCUGUGUGAAGGAGUAUGUUUGUUUUUUUUAUUAGAAAACUGCUACCUUUAAGGUUCUCAUCAUGUUGGUGACAAAGUAUUUUGUUUUUCUUGUAACAAUGAACACAAACCGUUGAGUAAACACGCUUUUGUUAAAUAUGAUACACGUCCAAUUUAAAAAAAAUCAAUCCAGCGAUAAUUUAUGAUUCAUACUUGAACUUUCGUUGUUGUUUUUUCUUUGGGGCUGUUCAUUAAAAGCUUCUGUCAUAUGUAUCGACACACAAAAUCAGGAUACAAGGAUUGUUUUUAACGUAUGCCUUGUUAUGCUCAGAGUUCGAUUUUGUUGCCUUUGUAGAACAACAUGAUUGCACAGUAAAAACAUUGAAUCCAUCUCCUCACAUAGUUAAAAACUUUUAUUUCCUUUCUGAUUUUUUUCUUCUUCUCAAAAUCUAAUACUUGUAGAUUGUGACUGUUGGGUUUUUUGCAUUUUUAAAGUAAGUAAUGAUUUUGUUUCUUUGUUUUGCCAGUGUUUUUUUCCUAUUAAGUGCAUCAUGAAAUAUGCUGGAUUUUCCUAUUUUUUUCUUAGUUUAAGUGUUUAAUUUAAAGUUUCUUUUCUCAUUUUGAAACUUUUCACAGUAUGACAAGAGUCUGUUCAGUUAGGCAUGUUUCAGCAAUGUGAAAAAUGUUUGAUUAUUCCUGCAAAACGCUUUUUAUUUUUGUAUUUGACAGCUGAUUUGACCUCCCAAAAAAAAUCUAUUUUCUCUGUGAAGAAGAAGAAAAAAACUCAUCUGCCAAUAUUUCGCUGGGGUUAAAGCGGAAAUCAUGCUACAGUUUCUGGACAUCAGGCUCCAUCUGAUGCAUUCAGGGGCAGUCUUUGUUCAAGCUCCAGCAUGGUCAACACAACUGUCUUAAGCACCUUCUGUAACUGCAUGUGGAACUGCAUGGGGAUUGCACUGUAAGCAAAAUAACAUAUACACUUAUGAGACCAAGUUUACUCUUUCUUUUGCUUUUUUCAAAGUACAUGUAUAUAAUGUUUAUUUAAACGUUAUUCUUGUACUGUGCUACAUGACGUAACCCACAGAUGAUGAUGUGAUGAUAAAUCAGAUGUAAUCUAACAUUCAGCACAGAAAUUGUUAUUGAGGGAAUACUUGAAAAAUGAAUCGGCGCAGUUCAUAGCAACAUGGGCGGUGCAAAUAAACAUCAAUCUUACAAGCGUCUUGCAUAAAA